AUGGCUCCGCGUUUUCGUAUGGACCAGAUAGGGUCCUUGAUCCGCCCACACUCUCUACUCAACGCUCGGAAAGAUCUCGAUGUCUAUUCUGGCGAGUUGUCUGAGGCACAAUUGGCAGCCACCAAGGAAGCAAUUGCGCAUGCUGUGCAGAAGCAGCUCGAUCUCUCUAUUCGGCCCAUCACCAGUGGCGAGUACGAGCGAACAGGCUUUUUCAGCGGCUUCUUCGAGAGCCUUGACGGCAUGGAGGUCAACCGCCACUUCCGGAUACCUCAAGACUUUAGGACAGAGCUCCCGACGACGCAACACAUGGCCAAGUUGGGGGUGAGCACAUUCCCUGCCGUUGUGGCUAAAUGCAUGAUUAAGCAUGUUGCCCCCGCAUACGUUUCUGGAUGGAACAUGCUCAAGGGCACCAUACCACCACACCUCUGGAAGGAUUGUAAGAUCACAAUGCCCUCGAUUACUUGGCAGCACAUGCAGCUUGCACCAGGCGCGGCUUAUGAUCCCAGUGUCUAUAAGACAGAUGCUGAAUAUCUUUCUGACCUGGCGGCAGCUUUCCGCCGAGAAGUGCAGAUGCUCUAUGAUGAAGGUCUACGAUCGAUUCAAGUCGACGACCCCCAUCUAACGUACUUUGUCUCGGAAAAUUUCAGGAACGGGCUUCAACAGGACGGCGAGGACCCAGACACGCUUUUGGAUCUAUACAUAUGGGCACAUAACGAGGCUAUCAAAGACCGUCCCGAGAACCUACACAUGGGCAUUCACCUCUGCAGAGGGAACAUACCUGGCACCGGUGGAUUCUUGGAAGGAUCGUACGACAGCAUUGCAGAGAAGGUCCUGACGCAGCUCAACUACGACACAUUCUACCUCGAAUUCGACGAUGCGCGCUCCGGUAGCUUUGAUUGCCUGAAACACCUUCCUACAGGCAAGAAUAUGGUUCUUGGUCUUGUGUCGACGAAGCAUCCGGAGCUUGAAGACUUGAAAGUGUUGGAACGCCGGGUGCACGAGGCGGCUCGAGCGAUUGCCGCCGGCCAGGGUCGAAGUCCCGAGGACGUCCUAACUGACUCAUUAGCUGUGAGUCCCCAAUGUGGCUUUGCCAGUAUUGAGAAGAACCUUGGUGUGGCGAGUGAAGAGCGGAUGUGGGAGAAGUUGAGCUUGGUUCGAAAUGUUGCCAACUUGGUCUGGAAGAAUGCUCUAUAG